CUGCCUGGGUGGCGACUCCCGCGAUUCUCGUUUCUCCCCCAGCCCGGGGUGGAGUCGCCGCAGUCGUUCAGGUCCUAAAGCCUGCGGCAUAACGGACUCUUCGAGAUGUCGAUGCUGGCUGAGCCCACAUUGGUUGAGAAGAAUACCUGCCAUUUUACUGGGGAAGAAGUACUGACUUUGGAUAUCCAAUCUCUUGUGUCGGCAGAAGCAGAAGUGGGCUGUGGAUCCAAGAAACACUGCAUGGAGUAAUGAUGAUUCCAAGUUCGGCCAGAGGAUGUUAGAGAAAAUGGGGUGGUCUAAAGGAAAGGGUUUAGGGGCUCAAGAGCAAGGAGCCACAGAUCAUGUUAAAGUUCAAGUUAAAAAUAACCACCUGGGAUUUGGAGCUACAGUCAAUAAUGAAGACAACUGGAUUGCUCAUCAAGAUGAUUUUAACCAGCUUCUGGCUGAACUGAACACUUGCCAUGGCCAGGAAGCAACAGACUCCUCAGACAACAAAGAGAAGAAAUCUUUUAACCUAGAAGAAAAGUCCAAAAUUUCAAAAAACCGUGUUCAUUAUAGGAAAUUUAUGAAAGGGAAGGAUUUAUCCUCUCAGAGCAAAACAGAUCUUGAUUGUAUUUUUGGGAGAAGACAGAAUAAGAAGACUUCUGAGGAUAAUUCCAGCCCCACCACUCCAGAUGAGAAUGAAACUUCCAUUACAACAACCAGUGCCUUAACCAUCCAGGAAUAUUUUGCCAAGCGGUUGGCAGAGCUAAGGAACAAGCCGCAAAUCGCACCUACAGAUCCUGACUUUUCAGGGGCCCUAAAUGAAUGGAAAAGGGGAAAGAAAAGAAGCAAGGAAGCAAAAGAUAAAAAUUUGGAGAAUAACAUGCAGCCCAAAAAGGAAAAGCCUCAGGAACAAGAAGAGAACCCCAAGUGUGCAGUCAAGAAGAAAAGAGAACAAGUUGAACAACAGCUCGGAGACCCUUGUUGUGAAGAGAAUUCUGAAUCUUCUGCCGAAAAUGGAGAGGAUUGUGGGUGGCCACCUGAUGACCAAGACUUUACCCCAAAGUCAAAAAAAAAGAAAGAAAAGAAAAAGAUAAAAAAGCAAGUAGAAGCAGCAGUGAACCCUAUGUUAGGUGAAACACCAGUGAAAAAGAAGAAAAGUUCCAAAUAAAUUAUCUCCAGGGCCUUCCGACCACUCAGAUGUCAGUGCACUCCAGGGCAAAAACUUUUGGCCUGAAGUCAGAGCAAAGUUAAUCUAAGAUAGUUCGUUCACAUCUUUUUAACAUGCCUGUGGAUUGCUGAGUCUUGCCCUCUCACCACAUACUUCCCAAAUCAUACUCCCAGGAGAACUUUUUGUAAUGUUCCAUUAAAUGUUCAUGGUUCUCAUCAGCAAAUAAAUUUCUGUUUAGACUGUGAGCUCUUCACCGUGAAUGUUUAUUCAUAUUC